GUCGGUUAUUGGAUCGUGGUUUAGGGCGCCGCUGCCGCACCUCCGCCGAUUGCCACCGUCGGUUACAACGCACGCCGUUGAGGGUGCCUCUCCUCUCCUUCCCUACCGACGCCGAUGAGUCGUUUUCUCGUUCAGUUCUUUCAUUUUCACCGAAGGCUCUCUUUGUUAACCAUCUCGUCCAAGGUUGUUGUAAGUGUCGAUCGCACUGGAUUAACCAGUGCAGUAGCCAGCGCGAAGUAUGGCGUUCCACCCCAGCGUCAUAUUUCCAGUAGAAUUCAACCAAGUGACCUGUGGGAAGGUUCCUCUUACGAAAUUUUGUUGAGGAAAUUCGAGUUUUCUCUGCAAGAUGAUUCCUUGGAUGAAGCGUGGGAAGCAUUUAGCAAUUUCAAAAGGCUGCAUGGAUACCCUGAACAUCAACUGGUGAGCAAACUGAUUGCUUCUCUUUCUUAUUCAACGAGCUCUGAUUGGAUUCGGAAAGCUUAUGAUUUGGCAGUGAUGAUUUCGAAGGAAAAACCUGAUCUUGUUCGCUUUGAAUCCUUUUCCAGACUGUCUCUUUCUUUAGCAAGAUAUCAGAUGCCAAUUCCUGCCUCCACAAUCCUCCGGAUCAUGUUGGAACGAGGAAAAUUUGUUCCAAAAGAUAUAUUAACCACCUUUUUUUUACACCUAGUGAAGUCUCAAAUUGGGUCCUAUCUUGCAAUGGAUCUCUUAAUUGAAAUCUGCGAGUCUUUUUUGAAUCGUGGCUUAUACUCGAGGAAUGCUGUUAAGAUCAACCUAACCAAGCCUUCUAUUCUCAUUUUCAACCUAGUUCUCAAUUCAUGCGUAAGGUUUACUUGUUUGAUUAAAGCAGGACAAAUAAUAGAAAUGAUGGCAAGAGUUGGAGCUAUUGCCGAUUCAAAUUCCAUUUUGAUAAUCUCACAGAUCCAUGAGAUGAUGGGAGAGCGUGUUGAUUUGCAAAAUUUCAAAGUGCAUAUUGAUGGUAUCACUUCGGCAUCAAUGAAUAAUCAAUAUUGUCAUUUUUAUGACUGCCUUUUGAGCUUGCAUUUCAUGUACAAUGAUUUGGAUGCUGCUGUGGAGCUUAUGUUAGAUCUUUUCCAAAGAAGGAAAUCUCAACAUUCGUCUACUAGGGGAUCACUUGCAGAGUCUAAUGCAUCACAAGGAAAAUGCUAUUUUCAUAUUGGAUCAAGCAACCUAGGGAUGGGAAAUAGAAUUACAGUUGCUCCAAAGAACUUGGAGGAUGGUUUUUUGGUUGCUGCCCAAAGGCACUUGGGAUUUAUUCACUUUAUGGACGGUAAACUUGUGCCCACCUACAAAUUUCUUGCAAAGCUUACAAAUGUUUGUGUGAAAGUAAGAAAGGUUGAUAAGCUGUCUAAUUUCUUGAUUAACAUGGAUAAGGAUAUUGAUCCAGGAGGUCCUAAUUUAUGUUCAGAUGUUUUGCAUGCGUGCAUUAUGUUAGGUUGGUUGGACACUGCCCAUGACAUUUUGGAUGAUUUGGAAUUAGCUAAGGUGUCCAUUGAAGCCAGUUCUUAUUUAGCACUUUUGAAUGCAUAUUCUAAGAAAAAUAUGUACAAGGAAUCGAGAAUUCUAGUAAAGCAAAUGAAGAAAUCAGGUUUAGUCUUUAGUAUAUCUGAUGAAUAUAAGUGUGCUUUGGGAUAUGCAUCCUUCCCUAUUUCAGAUAUAAAAGCAUCAAAUUCAUUGGAAAAAUCAGAGCUGGUCCAGAGUCUUGAACUAGAAAACAAGAAAUAUAACCUUGAAAGUGAAUUAAUUUAUGAGUUUAAUAGUUCAAUUUUAUUCUUUUGCAGAGCUAAAAUGAUGGAAGAUGCUCUAAAGACUUUAAAACGGAUGAGAGAAAAAAAUGUCCAACCAACAGUUCUUACCUUCAGUUACCUCGUCAAUGGUUAUUCAUCUUUAGAAAUGUAUCGUGAGAUUAUAAUCUUGUGGGGAGACAUAAGGAGGCAGAUGGAAUGUGGAGCUUUGUCUGCAAAUAGAGACUUGUUUGACUGCUUACUCUGGAAUUUUCUAAAAGGGGGUUAUUUUGCAAGAUCAAUGGAAAUUGUUGAUUACAUGUUAAAAAACAAUGUUUAUGUGGAUAAAUGGAAGUACAGAAUGGAGUUUCUGAAGCACCACAAAAAUCUUUACCAAAGUUUAAAAGAAUCGUCUUGCAGAACAGAUACUCAGAGUAGGAGGCUUCAACAUGUUAAAGCAUUUAGGAAAUGGGCUGGUAUUGACCAAUAGUUUAAAGACUUAAUUCAGAUGCCCUGCCCUUUGUGCUUAGGAAUUACAUGACAAUUGCCACGACAACAAAGUGUUGUUAAAUGAAGGUUAAAAAUCAGAGCACUAUUGUUUGGCUUGGAACUUUUUAUUGCUCCUCUGUUGUAGAAACUGUUGUUGGAUCAUGGUUCUUCUUGCGACUGCUUUGAACUGAAAUGAAUUAGAUUUUAAUUUCCUGCUACCACAUAUACUGGAUAACAUCCAUUUUACUAGCUGUCAAACAGGCUGUAGUCAUUUUCUAUGUUAAUUAGAUGUUUUUACCAAGGGAUGCAGGUGCUUAUUCUUGUGCAACAAAUCUGAAGCUCAUGGUCAAAGGGAUAGGUUUUGGGGCUGCUUCUCUUUUGUUAUUGAACUGUUUUCUGGUGUCCAGCCACCAGAUAAAUGGAAAGUAAGGUUAAGUGCUAUUCACACCUACUCUAGUCAUCCGCCACUUCUCAUGAUCUUAACAACUUAUAGAAGGGAUUGCUUAAGAUAAACUAUAUCAAAUUAUGUGAUGCUUGUCGAGAAGGCAAACAAACCAAGUGCUCUCACAAAGGUGUUUGGGAUAUAAAAAAGUUUAUGAAAGAAGUAUGGCUGUUAUUUGAGGUUUUCUUCAUGGUAUCAAAGCCCUAGGUUCGAUCUAGGGUUUGCUUUUUUUUUCCCAUGGCAAAUCAACAUCCAUGGAAGACUGCGUUAACUAGCACCACGAGUAGAGAUUCAAUGGUGUCUGGAGAAGAAAUGACUGUCAACUCAAAUUUAAACCCAUCGGUAUCUUUCAAUGGUUUGACAGAGGAUUUGACCUCGGGGAGGAUGAUUGGCAGUGCUAAACAGAGUGGAAGACUCUACUUCCUUGAAAAUGGAUCUGAAUCAAGAAAACAAUCUCAACCAAGAGGUUCCUGCUUUGAAUCUAUUUAUGUUUCGAACCAUAAUAUUAUGCUAUGACAUUUUAGAUUAGGACAUCCUAGUUUUCGAUAUUUAAAGCACUUGUUUCAUAAAUUAUUUCACAAUAAAGAUCCUUCGUUGUUUCAUUAUGAAGUAUGUGAGAUUGCAAAACACCACCGCACAUUCUUCCCUUCACAACCAUACGAAAAAGGGCAGCCCGGUGCACGAAGGUCUCGCCAUGCGAGGUCCUAAUGAAGGAUCCAUUGUACGUAGUCUUACCCUACUUUUUACAAGAGGCUAUUUCCUGGAAUCGAACCCGUGACCUUUUGAUCACAAAGUAACAACUUUAUCGUUACGCCAAGGUUUCCCUUCCCUUCACAGCAAUACAAGCCAUCAAAGUCAUUUAAUAAUUCACAGUGAUGUUUGAGGUCCUAAUAAGAUAAGCACCCCCUCUAAUAAGAAAUAGUUUAUCACAUUUACUUAUGAUUAUACUCCACUUUGCUAGGUGUAUUUAUUAAAGGAAAAAAUCAUAAGUUGAACAAUUCUUUAAAAAAAAUUUCAAUACAGUGCAGACUCAAUUUCAAACUAACAUACAGAUUUUUUUGAAGUGACAAUGGGAAGGAGUAUUUUAACACGAUCUUAUGUAAUUAUUUCCUUGAAAAGGGAAUAGUUCAUCACAGUUCAUGUAUAGAUACACUUAAAUAAAAUGAUAUUGCUGAAGGACAAAAUAAACACCUUAUGGAGGUAGCCCGGGCAUUACUUUUUUCAACCAAAGUACUAAAAUAUUUGUGGGUGAAGUUAUUUUAACUGCUGCAUAUUUAAUUAAUAGAAUGCUAUCUAAAGCUAAAUAAUUUAAGACUCCAUUCAAUACAAUGUACAACAUGUUUCUUUAUUGGUAGUCUUUCAGCUUAUUGGUCGUCUUUCAAUACAAUGUACAACAUGUGUACCUAUGAGGUUGGCGUGUUCUCUCAUUUAACAAGCUAAGGUUCAAUUAUCACAUAAGCUGUAGGCAAGCAAGAACUGAGGUCUUUGAAAAAGUACAAGAAGAUUGCUGAACAAUCUGGUACCUUCCAUAUCACUGUAAUAGCUUUGUUUAUGUUAAUUCAUCCACUCUAAGAUCCAUUUUAAAUGUGAUAGAAUUUGUGAGAGAUGAGUUGCACCAUGGAGACGCAAAGCUGAAAUUUUAAUUCAUGUUAUGCUGAGGAUGUGCUUGAUCAUGGUGCUAUGAACUCAUGUUGCAUGUACUAACAUUUACGAAAUGCUGAUAAGAGGAGAAAACUUGUAUUUUCAUUAUUCUUGAUAAUUGUUAGUCUAUGAUAUUAGUGAAUUCUGUCAUUCAACUAUCACUAUAGCUGAAGACAGACAGUUUAAAAUUACACUGUCCUAGGAAGAUGAGAAUGCUGCUAAAAUUUGCUCACGGAGUCCGUCCACCUACACCCAUAUGAUAUUGAGCUUUUACUGAUUUAUUUUUUAGUUAUUCUUAGUGGCUAAACCUUCUAUUGCUUAUUAAUGGUACUUGAGAUUUGUAGGUAUAAGUGGAUGAUAACUGAUACGUAUUUGUUGAACAUACUGGAACAUAUUGUGUUUUAAACUGUAUUAUUACACUUAUUAUUUAUUGUUUUUGCUUCUGUUGAAUUUUAAGCUCUAUUUCUACCAAUCUUUUGCUCUUGUAGGCUGUAUGAGUAGAGUUGUAACUUUGGAAGAGGCAGUUCAAAGAAUUAAUUUUUCAGAUGAGUCAAGAAAAAAAAGUAUGCGCUUGGUUUAAUAUAUAAAUCACUAUAGUGGAUAAUUAUGCUUUCCACUGGUAGGAGCUGUGUCUUCCUUUACACCAUUUGUUGUAAGAAAUUUUAUUAUAAUGUCUCAAGUAUUGUGGA